AUGGACGAAAGCACGAUCAGAUUGAUUAAUCUAAUCGAUGUACUGAGCGAGAAAUACAUCGAUGUACCCGAGAUUUCUGAAGAAUGCAUGAAUACCUGGAGCACUGAGCAAAUCACGUAUUACUAUGAGUCUGGUGGUACCAAUAAGCCAUCCUCCUUGAAUGGGAUGGCGUCUCAAGGGCAUGAUCAGCCAGGCGGUUCAGUGGAGCAGACAGAAGACCCAGCAGCUCAUAGAAACACACCCGCAUCCGCGCGUGCCAACCAAUUUGCAGCCACGGUUGCUGGGUACAGAGCACAGACCAUAGCUGAUGGUCUGCCUUCCAGGCCGCAUGGCCUGUUCCCACCGCGGGAUCCUCUUCUGAGGGAGCUAGCUGAAGAUCCAACGGCGCACCCUUUCGAGAAGCACCUUGCCGGAGAGCAUUCGCCCUAUGAGCUGCUCAGAAACGGCAGCUGGACAUCCGGUGAUGAAGCCGCUCAGGCCGGCUUUGACAUGCGCCUAUUUUAUAAGGACAAGCAGAGAGAUGACCGGUACGGCACCAUUUUGGGGGCAGCUCGGCUGGGGGACAGAGCAUCGAUAGGCAAUGGCUACUGGAUGUCUGCUCACGGGGGAGCUGUGGAGUCUCUGCUGGAUGAAGCCACAGCAGAGCUGGGAAAGAUGGAGUUCUCCCCCAUGCUGUCCACGAUAGAGGCUGGCUUCAAGAUCAAGAAGAGCGUGCCCCUGCACACCACUCUGCGCAUUGAAUGCGAGAUAAGGGAGAUAAAGGGGAUGCGGUGUUGGGUGGAUGGCUAUGUGAAGGACUUGAGUGGGGUGCUGCUGGCCAGCUGUCUGGCCCAGCUAGUCGACCUGCAGCAGCUGUGGGCCGCACAGGGGCAGUCGCCAUGA